CUACAGUAUAGUAACAGAGGAAAGAUAUUUCCUCUCACUGGAAAUAGUUUUGCUGAGUUAUUCGAAAUCUGUCUCAUUCAUUGUGUGAGAAGGGAUUUAGGCUACUUCACAUUUAGAAUAUUAUAACAGCCGUUUACAGAGACUAAAAGUGCUUUAUAUAAUACUAGUGCACUAAGGAUAUUAUAUUGUAGGCUUACUGGUUUUCCAUUUUGUCAAGGCAUCUGUGUAACCAAAGGCCGAUUUAAGACAUAUCACAUUUCACAACAGUGGCAGACAUCUUGCCAACGUGGAAGAAUAAUGGUGGAAGUUUGAGAACUCUUGAAGCGAAGAUGUCCAUGUGUUUGGUCAGAUAUACAUUUAAGUUUUUUGUGCUGUGGUUAAGUUAUAUCUACUUAGCAAAAUGCAAACCACAGAUGCCUGUAGCAGAACGUAAGAAUAUUUUGGUUUUUGGUGGAAAUGGCUUCAUAGGAUCGCCGGUAGUUAAUAGGCUGUUGGCCGCCGGCCAUAACUGUACUUUAAUCAACAGAGGGAAUUGGUAUUGGGAUUCCUGGACCAAGAUCAGACCAUACGUUAGACACAUUAAGUUUGAUCGUAUGCAAAAAAUAGCUAAAUGCUCUCCAUUAAUAGAAUUACUACAAAAUAACGAAACAUUUGAUGCGGUGAUUGAUUUUAGUGCUUAUCAUGAAUUUGCUGUAGAGGAGGCGUUAUCAGUAUUGAAAGAUCAUGCCCAGCUGUAUAUUUUUAUAAGUUCCGAUUCCGUUUAUGAAGUCUCUUUAAAGAACCAUUCGAACCCCUCUGUGGAAUCGGAUUCCGUUCGACCAACCGAUGAGAAAAAGAGACAAAGAUUGGCAAAUAUCGAUGAUUAUGGACAUAGGAAAUUAGAAAUUGAGGAACUAUUAAAACACCAACGAAAAGAUGGCGGUAUUCCAUUUAUUGCGUUACGUCUGCCAGAUGUAGUGGGACCACGUGACAAUACAUAUCGAUGGUGGCUGUAUCAAUCAUGGAUGAGAUUACAAGAAUAUCUGGACAAGAAAGUUUCCAUUCCGUCCUAUCUUUCCAAUCACCUAUUAAGUUUUGUUUAUAACCACGACGUGGCCAAGUUGAUAGAAAAAUUAGUCAGUAGUGAUGUCGACCCCGAUAUCAUUGACCAAGCUUAUAAUCUUGCUUUCAGAGAAACCUUUACAUUAAGACAAUUUUUACUCGACAUAAAAAGUACACUGAACAUAACCGACUUAGAUAUAAAGGAAGACGACGACCCUGAUGCAUUUCGUUUGUUUCCGUCCGUCACUCUUGGUCCGAUUAAUAUCUCAAAAGCGCGGGAAAAGUUGAACUGGGACCCCACACCGUGGAAAACAGCUUUAGUAGAUACAGUCAAGUUUUACGAAUCAGCCAUAACUAGACCGGAAUUUGACGUGCCAAGGCGAGACAUUAUUCGAUCGCUUCAAAUAUAUUUUUCAGAUCGUCCAUUCAAAGUGUUAAUCGGUUUUAAGAGAGAAUAUGGAAUUGAUUACCCCAAAGAUGAAUUGUGAGCCAAUAUCGGGGACAUUUUAUAAUUAUUAACAUAACAAUAGUACCAAUAACAUCCACACACAAUUCGUCUAAAGGACCCUUUUGGCUCCAUGUGUAGCUUCAGAUUAGAAGAGUUUUACUGUAUUUAGGCCUAUAUUUCCAUGAAGAAGCUUUUAUGAUAUGUGAUAAUGAAUAAAGUUUGUAAAUUGA